AUGCGACAUUUAAAUCCCCUGCUACGGCAGGCAUCUCUGCCACGCACUAAACCAUUAUACAGGUCACCCAUUGUGCGCUGGUCAUCUGCGCGAGUCCAAUGGCUCUCUUCCACGUCGUUGCGGCCUUGUUCAUCAUGCUCUGAUCCCAACUCCGACCAGGCCCAAACCUCGGCCGACUAUCGCGCAUUGGGAACCUCCCAGGAUCUCUUCACCACUUCCAUCUACAGUCCCGGCUCGCCGCUUUUCCUCCCCAACGGUACCCAUAUUAUCAACAAACUUAUCACCUUCCUCCGCACACAGUACCUCCAGUACGGCUUCCGCGAAGUCCUCACGCCGACCAUCUACAAGCGUUCGCUCUGGGAAGUGUCGGGUCAUUGGCAGAAUUAUAAGGAUGAUAUGUACGAGGUCCGCGGUCGCGGAGCUACGGGGGACACGGACGGAGAGACGGGCGAGAACGAAUCCUACGGUUUGAAGCCGAUGAACUGUCCAGGUCACUGUCUGCUGUUCAAAUCGCAAACCCAUUCUUAUCGUGAACUCCCUAUUCGCUACGCCGACUUUAGUCCUCUUCAUCGGAACGAGGUCUCCGGAUCGCUCAGUGGCCUAACUCGCGUUCGUCGUUUCCACCAAGAUGACGGCCACAUCUUCUGCCGGCCACAGCAGAUCAAAGGAGAAAUUGCUUCUGCGCUGGGCUUUGUUGACUUGGUAAUGACGACUUUCGGGCUAGGACCAUAUCGGCUGGCGCUUUCUACAAGGCCAGAAAAGGAUUUCAUCGGGAGCUUGGAGCUGUGGGACAGCGCCGAAAGCCAGCUCCGCGAGGCGCUAAACGAUACCGGCAGGGAGUGGGCUGUGAACGAGGGUGAUGGAGCUUUCUAUGGGCCCAAGAUUGACAUCCAACUUCAAGAUCAGGCUGGAAAAUAUCACCAGCUAUCCACAAUUCAGCUUGACAUGAAUCUGCCGCAGCGGUUUGGGCUGGAGUACCAGGUCGCUGAAGGCGAGCCAGACUACAAUCCGCAUACCCCCGGCAGGGCGACACCAGUUAUGAUUCAUCGCGCGAACUUCGGAUCGUUAGAGCGGUUCUUAGCAUUGCUGAUUGAACAGUAUGCCGGUCGCUGGCCGUUCUGGUUGUCUCCGCGACAAGGAAUUAUCCUCACUGUCAAUCAGGACGAGGCUGUGGUUCAGCAGGCGCAUGAUGCAGCAGCCAAAAUCUCCGGCUUCCGACCCCUUCAGACGGAUCAGACGAGCGGAGCUCCUCAGCCUCUGUCUUUCACUGACUCGACCUUCCUCGUCGAUGUCGACACUAGCAGUCAGACCCUGAGUAAGAAGAUUCAACGAGCCAAGCAGAUGAAAUACAACCUUAUCUUCAUUCUGGGAUCAAAGGAUGUUGCGGCAUCCCGCAUUACGGUCGACAUCACCGGUCAGCUGCAGAGCAAGUCCGACCGGACCGCCGAGAGGCUGCAGGCUGCCGUGUCUCAAUGCUUUGGUGAGAAGGCGCUGCAGAACCCUCGGGCAAUUCCAUUGCCGGUGGAUGAUGUACAUGGCCUGCUGGUGCAACUGGAGCGACAGUUUGUUUAAUAGAGG